CCAACUGGUCGAGUAGAGAGUGAGACAGAAGUCUCCCACCUGAGCGCAAACAACCUCCUCUCGCCACCAAUGAUGUUUAUUAAAAAAAAACAUCCUUUCCGAAAAAAUAGAAAAGUCACCGCAAUGUGAAGCUUGGUGAACAUUUUGAAGGCGAGCCUCUGUUGAGUGUCGGAGCCCACCACCACCACCACCAACCACGGAGCGGCUGUCACCCGGAAGGCCGCCGCCGCUGUCGCUCGCCGCACCGGGUGGGGAUUGAACUUUCUCUCCCCGACGCAUGGAGGCAACCAGCACGUAGACGCGCCUUUCAACCCGCGGGGAAAUUGACUGUCAUUCGGUAAGAAUGGCCUCCAUCGGCCGCGAGGAGUGCUUGGCUACUGUAAGAGGUCUGGAGCUGAGGGCUGGUCAGAAGGAGGCCAGACUGCUGUCACUUAUUGAACGUGGGGGCGAGUUUAUACUCGGCGUGCUGGCCACCCCUGACGCUGUGGUGGCUCGUCCGGUGGCCCAGCUGUCCAUACCCAUCAACGGUAAAUUCCAAAUCGUCAAAGAGGCCGAGGAGGCUCUUCUCAUUGACUUCUCCCUGGUUGCUGGGCUCAGGAUACGAAUAAAAGGAGAUAAAGCCCCAGAACUCCAGUUGGAACUCCAGGAUGACGAGCGCACGCAGACUUUCCUCACGCAGGUGAUAAGCGCCCAACAACAAGUUCAGUCGAAUCGCUCCAGCCCCGGCGUGAUGGAUCACGAUGCACUAACACCUCAAAGAGGUACAGUCCCCAACCCGCCUCAGCGUGGACACAAGACUGCCAACUGUGUGGACUCUGGAGUCAACCUGCCGAGUACGACCAGCGCACUGCCUCCUAGCCUCAAUAGCAGCACAUCCACACAUCGGAAUAAUGCAGCUCAGUCACUCGCCUCAGACUUUGGCUUUGAGGACAACUUCGAUCACACCUUGAAAGUGGAGGAAAAGAAGAAUCAGCAGAACAGGAUGGCGGCCCCAAGGGACCCUCCUCCGGUUCCCCCUCUGCCUCCGCGCAAAGCCUCCUUCACUCCCUCUUAUCAGCUGCCCGCGCCCCCGCCCCCUAAAGAGAGAGCCGUCUCCUCUCAAGCCAAAGACAACUCCAGACCAGAUAGUUUCCGACCGGGCUUCGAGCGGGACAGGCCGGCGUCUUGGUCCGACAGUCCCACCACAAACACGAUGAGACAGGCCAUGUUCUCCAGCCAGGCGGGGCAGAGGGAGUACCUCAUCAAACGCCGCCUUGGAAAAAAGGAAGACGAAUAUGUGGACCUCCAGAACUUCAGGCUCUUCACUGGCACUUGGAAUGUGAACGGACAGUCUCCAGACAGCAGCCUUGCGUCCUGGCUCUCUUGUGACGCAGAACCUCCUGAUAUGUACGCCCUGGGUUUCCAAGAAUUGGACCUGAGCACUGAAGCUUUCUUCUACAUGGACUCCUCCAAGGAGCAGCAGUGGGUGGAGGCAGUUGAGAGAGGCCUACACCCUAAAGCACAAUAUAAGAGGGUUCGCAUCAAUAGACUGGUUGGCAUGAUGUUGGUGGUCUAUGUCAACAAGAAACACACGAAAAUCGUCAAAGAAGUGGCCGCAGAACACGUCGGCACGGGAAUCAUGGGCAAAAUGGGGAACAAAGGAGGGGUGGCAGUGAGGUUUGUGUUCCACAACACGAGCUUCUGCAUCGUCAACUCGCAUCUGGCGGCACACGUGGAAGAUUUUGAGCGCCGCAACCAAGACUAUAAAGACAUUUGUGCUCGCAUGACCUUCCACCUACUGGACCACCCCCCUCUGAGUAUCCACAAGCACGAUGUGGUCAUCUGGUUUGGGGAUUUGAACUAUCGCCUCUUCAUGUACGACGCUGCUGAGGUCAAACGCCUCAUCUCCCAGAAUGAGCUGAAAAAGCUUCAGGAGUUUGAUCAGCUGAACAUUCAGAGGCAGACCAAAAGAGCCUUCACUGACUUCAUGGAAGGAGAGAUCAACUUCAUCCCAACGUACAAGUACGAUUCCAGAACGGACCGCUGGGACUCCAGCGGAAAGUGUCGUGUUCCAGCGUGGUGUGACAGGAUCCUGUGGAGGGGCAACAAUGUCAAGCAGCUCAAAUACCGCAGUCACAUGGAGCUGCAAACCAGUGACCACAAACCGGUCAGCUCCAUCUUCAAAAUAGGGGUGAAGGUGGUCAAUGAGCAGCGCCACAAAAAGGUGUUUGAGGAGAUUGUUCGUGCUAUGGACAGAAUGGAGAACGAUUUCCUUCCGUCUGUGACGCUGAGCAGGCGAGAGUUUACGUUUGAGAAUGUAAAGUUCCGGCAGCUCGAGAGGGAGCGUUUACUCAUAAAGAAUGACGGGCAGGUGCCCUGUCACUUUGCUUUCAUCCCCAAACUCAACGACUCGCAGUACUGCAAGUCUUGGCUGCGUGCUGAGCCGAGCGAGGGAUUCUUGGAACCAAAUGAGACCCUCGAGAUCUAUCUGGAGGUCUACGUCAGUAAAGACUCCGUCACGCUGCUCAACUCUGGCGAGGACUCCAUCGAAGACAUCCUGGUGCUCCACCUGGACCGAGGCAAGGACUACUUCAUCACCAUCUCGGGCAACUACCUGCCCAGCUGCUUCGGCACCUCGCUGGAGACCCUGUGUCGGAUGAAGAAGCCCAUCAGAGAGAUCCCCAUCACCAAACUCAUCGACUUGGGAGAGGACAGCUUCACUGAGAAGGAACGGUCAAAGAUGAACUUUCUGAUGGGGGAUGCCACAAGCACAGAGGACGCACCUCUCAAAAUCCCCAAGGAGAUGUGGAUCCUGGUCAACCAUCUCUUUACAAAGGCUUGUGAUCAGGAGGACCUGUUCCAAACACCAGGAUUAAAGGAGGAGCUGCAGGCCAUCAUUGACAGUCUGGAUACCAGCAUUCCAGACACCAUCCCUGGCUGCAACCAUUCCGUGGCCGAGGCUCUACUGAUCUUCUUAGAGGCCUUGCCGGAGCCGGUGUUGUGCUACGAGCUCUACCAACGCUGCCUGGACUGUGCCCACGACAGCCGCCUAUGCAAACAGUUGAUUUCCCAGCUGCCCCGUACCCACCGUAACGUGUUCCGCUACUUGAUGGCUUUCCUGAAGGAGCUGCUCAAGCACGUGCACAACAACAACCUAACAGCCAGCCUUAUAGCCACCCUCUUUGCCAGCCUUCUCAUCCGACCUCCUCCCAGCACGGCGAACCGGCAGACGUCCCACGACCGCCAGAAAGCCAUCAACUUUAUUCUGGGUUUCCUGAUGGCGGGAGAUGAUGAGUAGUAACGCCGCGUCGCCGGAAUCCACCUCGAGCCUUUACAGUGUCUCCACUGGGGUGGAAGAAGACUUUUUUUUCUCAUCCCCUCACAAACUCAUGUUGGAGAUCCCCGAGGGCUUCAUGCUUUUUACCAAGUGUCGACCAGUUUGGCCACUUGGCUGCGUUCACAAGCACUUUGGAGCGGUGUGCACUUUCUGAGACCUCCAAGUACGGACUUGUCCUCUUUCCUAACCGACCCAAAUCUGCACCAAAGAGAGCGGCGCAGACGUGACAACACAGCAAGAGCCUCUGGUCUUCUAGCAUACCUCUCAGAGACGUUUUGGCGGACAAUCGCAUUACUUGAGAUGCGUCGUCCGUUUUAAUUGAAGGGGAUCAGACGUCUGCUAGAAGUAUCUGUUAGCUGUUAUUUAUGCGUUUCUAUUUCAACGACGUAUGACGUGGCGCACAUUUACGUCGGAUAAAUGCUGAUACACCGUUUAUGUGUUCCGUCUGACACUGCAUCCUUGCCAUAGAUAACGGAGCUCAGGGCUAUUCAACUGGGGGCCAAAUCCGGCCCGGGAAUGACACCACCCCCCGAGUUCAAUGCCAAACAUUAGGAGACAAACAUUUUUGCAGCAAAUUCUUAAAAACAGGAGUGCUCCUGUUGUCUAGAGGAACGUGGACCACUGUAAACACAUCAGCACAUCCUUGCAUUGACAACACCACCUUGCUAGCAAACAGAAGACUGGGGUCCAAACUUGUGAUUUACAUAACUGAGGCGUUCCUCAAGGCACCUCUUUAGGUCCUCUCCUUUUAGGCAGGGAUUUAUAUAACUAAGGUGCUGCUGCAGCUUCUUCACUUCCGAUGCAGUCAAUAGUCAUUUGUUCAACUUCUUUAGUCAUACUAGUGGUGUUCCUCAAGGCUCCGUUUUAGGUCCUCUCCUUUUUGGCAGCGAUUGAUGUAAAUAAGGUGUUGCUGUCGCUUCUUUACUUCCGAUGCAGUCCGUAGUAAUUUUUGUUUAUCGUCUUUAGGUAUACUAGUGGUGUUCCUCAAGGCUCCGUUUCAGGUCCUCUCUUUUUCAUCAUUUGGGGGCCAUUCCAGUAGAGGUCCCCAAGUUCUUUUAAAAGACAAUGUUGCAGCAGAUUCUUAAAAACACUAGAGGUGAUCUUUGACGAGAUUUUGUGCAGAAGUAUUCUGACAAAAUCAAAGAGGACACCGGUUCUCCGGAAUAUGUCAAAUGAGUCUAACAGUGAAGGGAGAAGUCCGGCUUUGCUUCCUGAAAGGAUUUAGUGUAGCUGAACCUCGAUGCGUUAGUUUUAGUGAAUGAUGAUACGUGGACCAAUUCAGUGACACUAUGUUGGUGUGCUCGCCACAGAGAACAUUUCGUCUUGGAGCGUUUGCUGUGUUGUUGUUUUUUGUCCUCGUCUUUUUUUGUGAGCCUUACAUCAAGUUUGUCCUGUUCGUCCGGAGUUACGCAACAAGUGCUAUAAUUGAUACACUGACUUCCUGCUUCAACGUUGCAACCUGCCGUCCUCAAGGCUGUAAAUAGUGACUGUUUGGCGUGGUCCUUUGUCGUUAUGAAAAUAUGGUACUAUCUAUACCAGGCCUGGGCAAUUAUUUUGACUUGGGGGGGGGUUAUAUCUAUUUUUAGGAACACUAAUACAAAACCUCACAAUAAUGUCUGAUUGAAUGCUAAAAACUUUAUGACACACUGCUUGGUGCCUCGCCUGAGCUGUCAGACUAAUUAGAUGACCAUAGUAACUCAUUAGAUGACCGUAGUAACUCAUGAGAUGACCGUAGUAACUCAUGAGAUGACCAUAAUAACUCAUGAGAUGACCAUAAUAACUCAUGAGAUGACCAUAGUAACUCAUUAGAUGACCGUAGUAACUCAUUAGAUGACCGUAGUAACUCAUGAGAUGACCAUAGUAACUCAUGAGAUGACCAUAGUAACUCAUGAGAUGACCAUAAUAACUCAUUAGAUGACCAUAGUAACUCAUUAGAUGACCAUACUAACUCAUUAGAUGACCGUAGUAACUCAUUAGAUGACCGUAGUAACUCAUUAGAUGACCAUAGUAGCUCAUUAGAUGACCAUAGUAGCUCAUUAGAUGACCGUAGUAACUCAUUAGAUGACCGUAGUAGCUCAUUAGAUGACCAUAGUAGCUCAUUAGAUGACCGUAGUAACUCAUUAGAUGACCGUAGUAACUCAUUAGAUGACCGUAGUAGCUCAUUAGAUGACCGUAGUAGCUCAUUAGAUGACCGUAGUAACUCAUGAGAUGACCGUAGUAACUCAUGAGAUGACCGUAGUAACUCAUGAGAUGACCAUAGUAACUAAUUAGAUGACCGUAGUAACUCAUGAGAUGACCAUAGUAACUAAUUAGAUGACCAUAGUAACUAAUUAGAUGACCAUAGUAACUCAUGAGAUGACCGUAGUAACUAAUUAGAUGACCAUAGUAACUAAUUAGAUGACCAUAGUAACUAAUUAGAUGACCGUAGUAACUUAUGAGAUGACCAUAGUAACUCAUGAGAUGACCGUAAUAACUCAUUAGAUGACCGUAGUAACUCAUUAGAUGACUGUAGUAACUCAUGAGAUGACCAUAGUAACUAAUUAGAUGACCAUAGUAACUAAUUAGAUGACCAUAGUAACUUAUGAGAUGACCAUAGUAACUCAUGAGAUGACCAUAGUAACUAAUUAGAUGACCAUAGUAACUCAUGAGAUGACCAUAGUAACUCAUGAGAUGACCGUAGUAACUCAUGAGAUGACCAUAUAACUCAUGAGAUGACCAUAGUAGCUCAUUAGAUGACCAUAGUAGCUCAUUAGAUGACCAUAGUAACUCAUUAGUUGACCGUAGUAACUCAUGAGAUGACCGUAGUAACUCAGGAGAUGACCGUAGUAACUCAUGAGAUGACCGUAGUAACUCAUGAGAUGACCAUAGUAACUAAUUAGAUGACCAUAGUAACUAAUUAGAUGACCGUAGUAACUCAUUAGAUGACCGUAGUAACUCAUUAGAUGACCAUAGUAACUCAUGAGAUGACCAUAGUAAUUAAUUAGAUGACCAUAGUAACUAAUUAGAUGACCGUAGUAACUUAUGAGAUGACCAUAGUAACUCAUGAGAUGACCGUAGUAACUCAUUAGAUGACCGUAUUAACUCAUUAGAUGACUGUAGUAACUCAUGAGAUGACCAUAGUAACUAAUUAGAUGACCAUAGUAACUAAUUAGAUGACCAUAGUAACUUAUGAGAUGACCAUAGUAACUCAUGAGAUGACCAUAGUAACUAAUUAGAUGACCAUAGUAACUCAUGAGAUGACCAUAGUAACUCAUGAGAUGACCGUAGUAACUCAUGAGAUGACCGUAGUAACUCAUGAGAUGACCAUAGUAACUCAUUAGAAGACUAUAGUAACUCAUUAGAUGACCAUAGUAACUCAUGAGAUGACCAUAGUAACUCAUGAGAUGACCAUAGUAACUCAAUAGAUGACUAUAGUAACUCAUUAGAUGACCAUAGUAACUCAUGAGAUGACCAUAGUAACUCAUUAGAUGACCGUAGUAACUCAUGAGAUGACCGUAGUAACUCAUUAGAUGACCGUAGUAACUCAUGAGAUGACCGUAGUAACUCAUUAGAUGACCAUAGUAACUAAUUAGACGACCAUAGUAACUAGUACAUCAUGCAGAUUCCAAGCAUUGAAAGACUUAGUAUAGUUGAAGUCAUUAGAAAACAUCACUGCACAUCACAAUGGCAGCUACACUUUCCACCUUAAACAUCUAAAAUAAUUAUUUGGGAAUGUCCGGCGGGCCAGAUUGAAACGUUUUAACGGGCCGCAUGUGGCCCCCGGGCCUUAAUUUGCCCAGGUCUGAUCUAUACUGUGUGUUUUUUUUCUUAGUUUUUAGACGCCUCUCAUCUAAACGCUUACACGAUUCAUCGUUUUGUCUGUCUGACACUGGUUUCUCACCCAGGUUUUUGCAAAGGUCACAGUGCCAUCGCAGGUCGUCUGCUAUUUUUGACGCCGUUGCUUCAACAGUGUUUCGUAACAGACAGUUGAUAAAUGAAUGCGGGAGAAAAAAAAAGUUUUUCAUGUAAAACGUGAGCGUGUGACGUAUCCGCUGACAAUCACGCAUGCUUCAGCCUGGACAUGUUCCAGGUGUCUUCUGAACUCCUGCUUCACAAUCUUACCUGACAUCCAUCCUCAGGGCUGUCCUAUGCCAGUGAAUCAUCUGUAUUUAUGUCUAUUUUAGUGCACACCAUCUGCUCCUUAAUGAAGGUACUGCUUUUCAGCUUUGUUUUGUUUGUUACUCUUUAAUUUAUUCAAUGACAGAAAUAAACACAUUUAAAU